AAUAAUUUCAAUUUAGGUGCCCCUAUAGGUUCACUUUUGUGUGGGACCAAGCAAUUUAUUACUAAUGCAAGAAGAAUAAGAAAAGUACUUGGCGGAGGUAUGAGACAAGUUGGUGUUCUUGCUGCCGCUGGACUCGUUGCUCUUGAACAUAUUCCUAAUUUAGUCAAUGAUCACAAAAGGGCUUACGCUUUCGCGUCUGCGAUAAAUGAAAUCCGCUCGUCAGUAUUUUCAGUUGAUUUAAAUGUUGUACAAACAAAUAUAGUUUUCAUGAAUGUUGAUCCCAACGUCGUUAACGCAUCAAAGUUCGCUAAUUGUUUGCGAGAAAUUGAUGGCAGUGGAGAUGACCAGGUCAUCGUGAAAUGUUUGGCAUUGUCCGAUUCAUUUGUUAGAUUUGUGUUUUCUCUUGAAAUUACAGACGACGAUUUAAUGUUAGCUACUAAAAAAGUUACGAAUGUUAUUAGAAAAUUAGAUUCAAAACUCUGUCUAUGACAAUUAUUAGCUAAUUAUUGUCUAAUUGUUAUUAAAUAGAAUUAAUACAGGUUUAAUAAAGGUAUUUUCUCUGGGAUAUAUAUAAUUUUCUUAUAUUCAAUCUAAUCAGUUCUUUCCUGUUAUAAUA